AUGUUUCCGGAUUUAAGCGAUGCUGCUAUAGCAGAGAUGCUCAAUGACUCUGGGGACGAGGGCGACGAUUCCGACGAAAUCGAUUUGGAUUGCUGUAAUAAAGAAAACGCUGAAUAUUCAAACGUUACAGCAGUGAAUCAGACUGAAGAACAAGCCAAAAAUAGAUUAUGGAGGGUACAGCCCGUUAUCGAUGUCGUCCGAAACAGAUACGAGUACCUGCAGUUGCCUAGAGAUGCUGGUGACUAUUCAAUCGACGAACAAAUAAUACCUUUUAAAGGUGAUAUUGAGAAGAUUUGGCAGUGGGACACUUGGUGCCAGCUACAGCCUAAAAUUGGCAACUGCUCCGAAGUGCUUGCUACCUACUACUACGACGCUCAACUGGAUCAAUGUAGAACGUUUGGAUACAGCGGGUGUAGCGGGAAUCAUAAUAAUUUUCGAACGUUAGUGGAAUGCGAACGACAUUGCAAAGGUACGACUUAUGUGGCGUUAAAAGAGACCUCUAGAACAUCGUUCUGCGGAUUACAACCAAGUGCUGGAUUAUGUCUCGCUUUGAGUGAAAGGUUCUACUAUGACGUGAAUGCUGGCCAUUGCAAAAAGUUCGUAUACGGUGGCUGUGGAGGUAACCAGAACCGGUUCACGAGUAGGGAACAGUGUGAUAAUAGGUGUUCAUUGACGAAAUAA